AGUGCAGCAGGCAGUUGGAUGAGAGAUCACAGUGAUGUCAGGACAGGGAGGGCUUAAUGCAGGAGAUAAGGCCAGCUAAUGGAGAUUUAAGCAGUCGGUAUUUAAAAGGUCUUUUUUAGUUAAGGCAGCCGUUUGGCAGCAGACUGCACUCCGACCGGUUGCUGGUUGGUGGGAGGCCGUUUAGUUGGAAGUAAAGGACGGACAGCGAACUGCUCUUCCGGAUCUUGACAGUGGUUUUCUCCAAGACGUGCUGGACGUCGGCUGAUUGAGAACCUGUAGUCUUCACGUGGAGGUCAAAGGUCGUGUGUGUCAUGACCCCACGAGAGCAGCUAAGGAAGAUGACAGCACUUGGAGAACAGGGCGCUUUGGAUGAGAAGCACUGGUACCGGCUGGUCAACGGCAUGUCGGCCGGAGAGCUGAGGCAACGGCAGGAGUUGAUAAUGAGGAACCAGAUGGCCAUGACCCCACAGAUCCUCCAGGGGCAGCAGAGGUUACAGGGGGUCCCAGCCCAGUUCGAGCCUCGCUUCAUGGACAGGGAAUUAGUUCCUCCCAAUGAGAUGGUAGCUCCUGAGGCCAGGCAGAUCCACAUGGGACCUCAUUUGGGUCCACCUCUGCCCCCACACGCCAGUGUUCUUCCUGGCAGAGCUUUCCCUGGAGCAGCUGGCUACAGCUUCUUGCCCUCGGAGCCCAUGGAAACAGUUGCCCGGAGACAAGAGCUCAUUCACAAGCAAAAUAUAGCCAGAAUGGAGAUGAACGCUAUCCUGCAUCAAAAGGAGCUGGAGAACGCCCACCAGAAGGGACUGAUGGGGAUUGAAAGCCCCAUGUCGUACCCGCCCAACCCCAUGGCCUUCAGGGGCCGCCAGCGCAUGCCAGACGGACACGAGGUCUACGUCCAUCGGCCCACCCUGGAUGAGCUUCACUCCAACAGCAUCCUCAUGUCGGCCAGCCCCUACCCGCCCAUCAGCAUGCUGCACAGAGAGAGGGGCCGCAGAGCUGGCAGACGACCCGCCGCUCACAAGAGCGCAGACAGCCAACCUGGCAACCUCAAGGGCCCGAUCGAAGACAAAAGCGUGGAGCAGAGCCCGGGGGCCACAUCCGGGGAGGAGAAGGAGGUGGAGGCCAAAGGGGAGCUGGGAGAGGAGUGUGCUACAAGUAAAACGCACCAUCAGGCAAAGAUAGACUCUGAAUUGUCCACAGGCGGCAAGAAGAGCUACAAAGAGGGCGAGGCAGGCGUGCGUAAAAGCUGCACCAACGGACAGGACGGCUGCUCAGACGCGGCCAGCAACGGCACCAGCGACAAAGACAUGUCCAGUCAGUGCACGGCCUUCCAGGAGAAGUUCGUGUUUCCUCCCAGCGGGGGCGCUCUCACGGGGAUGCCUUACAUGUUCCCAGGCUCUGGAAAUGGUUUCCUUCCACCUGGUCCACAAAAUCUCUUCCUCAAUGGUGACGAAGUGUCUGAAGACAUGAGGAAGUGGACAGUGAAUGAUGUUUACAACUUUAUCAACACUAUUCCCACGUGUUCAGAGUACGCCCAGACAUUCAAGGAUCACAUGAUCGAUGGAGAGACGCUGCCGCUCCUCUCGGAGGAGCAUCUGCUGGACACGCUGGGGCUGAAGCUGGGCCCCGCGCUGAAGAUCCGCUCACAGGUGUCCAAGCGGGCAGGCGGCAUCCUGUACAUGAUGAACCUCCCGCUCCCGGGCACAGCCCUGCAGGCCUCGUCUGACAAGCCCGGAGAUCGCUCCUCGGACAUGGGCUCCCCUGUUCACUGCAACAGUGAGGAGAUGAUGGCAAGUCCAAGAGACCCUGACGUCCUAAAAUCCACAGAGCACCUGCACGAGGCUGAGAACAAUUCCCCCCCGUCUGCGAGCAGCGAGACGGCCUGAUGCUUGGACAGAUGCAUAGGCAGGUCACGGGAGGAGCAGACGAACUGCUGCCACCACACUGACUGUGCUGAAGAGGUCUCUUUCUCUCUGCAUCACCUGUGUGUUUGAUCCACACUAUAUCCCAGCGUCUGGAAAAUAUUUGUUUAUUGUGCAAAUAUAUUUUUGCAGUUAUGGAGUGGCUUUUAUCUUGAAUUAGACCAUAAAAACAUUUUCAUAACAGCCUUAGUUUAUAAAUAUCACAUUACAGCUUUAAACUCUGGAUUAUGAUUUUUAGCAUCAUUCCAUUCAGUUUGCCACAGAUGAGUUUCUAACAUAAAAUCAUGAAAUAUUUGCAUUUGUAAUUUAACAUAGAUGUUUGAAACAUUUUGACUAUGUUUAUUUAGUGAAUUGUAAAUAAAAGU